UCCCAAAUCUGGGUUCCAGACAGAGAAACCUUAAACCCCACAAAAGCCCCUAUUCCUCCUCCUCCUUCAUUGUCAAUUCAACGAACCGAGACCUGAGCAGUUCCGCCGUGUCGGAGCAAUGGAGGCUCAGUCGGAUGGCAGAGAAGACAUCACAAUCUCGGCAAUCAAGUCCAUGCGAGCUCAGCUCGAGUCUCGCAUGGAGUCCCAUCGCAGCACUCAGCUCCAACUCCUCGCCUCUCUCCAAUCCCUCGUCCCCGAUGCCGUGUCCUCCGUCGAUCUCUCCCUCCAGGUAAUCUCCACCUUCAACAACCGCCCUUUCACUCCCACCCCCCCUCUACCAAACCCUAACCCUGUCCCCCAUAAGCACUCUGAUUCUAACCCUCGCCAACUGAGCCCUCAUAGUGCCCCCACAAUCCCUAAAUCAUACACUUCGAAGUCUUCUCCCAGUUUGAUUCCCCAAUCCGAUAGCCAUAAGUUUUUGCUCGACGAGACCGAUAGCCCCUUAUCCGUAGUGAGGUCCAUGGUGGCAGUCUGCCUGUUGGAGCGCGUUCCUUUCACGGCAAUUGACUCCUCGACUGUGCUUCGGAAGUUGGAGAACGACCAGAAUGCAACCGCUGCAGAGAAGGCAGCUCUGAGGGAGGUUGGUGGGGAGUCCGGGGCGAUCCUGGCUGUGGAGAUGGCCCUUCGAUCGAUGGCCGAGGAUAACGGUGGGGUUGAAUUGGAGGAGUUUGUGGUGAGCGGGAAGUCCCGAGUCAUGGUCCUGGGCAUUGAUCGAACUCGGCUUUUGAAGGAACUGCCUGAAAGCUCCCAAAGGCAGCAGGAGUCGGGCUCCGGUGAUGGGAAUUCGAGUCAAAAUCAGGCUUUGCUGGCGGUGAAUAGCAGUAGUACUGGUGGGGUUGACGUGAAUGGGAUAUUCGGAAUGGGAGGACCCGGGGCUGUCCCGAGACCUAUUUCUGACAUGUGGAUGUAUCAGGGAGGUGGGCCAAUGAUGGGGCCAAGAGGUGGGCCUAGAGGGGUAAUGGGUAUGAUGGGGAUGCCACCGAGAGGAGUGGGUGUCCCUUCUCCAUUCCAUAGGCCUCCACUGGGACCAAACUCACCAGGGGGUGGCUCGAAUGUGAUGCCCCAGAAGCAGAAGUCGGAGGAGGAUGAGCUGAAGGAUCUUGAGGCUUUGUUGAACAAGAAGUCGUUUAUGGAGAUGCAGAAAUCGAAGACUGGGGAAGAGCUUCUGGAUUUAAUUCACAGGCCCACUGCAAAGGAAACUGCUGUGGCUGCUAAGUUCAAAACUAAAGGCGGAUCUCAAUUAAAGGAGUACUGCUCAGCUCUGACAAAAGAAGAUUGUAGGCGUCAAUCUGGUUCUUUCAUGGCUUGUGAGAAGGUUCAUUUUCGGCGAAUAAUUGCUCCUCAUACUGACAUCAAUUUAGGGGAUUGUUCUUUCCUUGAUACUUGUCGACACAUGAAGACCUGUAAGUAUGUUCACUACGAACUUGACCCAACGCCAGAUGUGCCACCAAUGAUGAUGGGAACUGCACCACCUCCAAAGCCGUUAAAGCCACAACGUGCGGAAUACUGCUCAGAGGUUGAACUUGGUGAACCGCAAUGGAUAAAUUGUGAUAUUCGAUCAUUUAGAAUGGACAUCAUAGGGCAGUUUGGAGUUAUAAUGGCAGAUCCCCCAUGGGACAUUCACAUGGAGUUGCCUUAUGGAACAAUGUCAGAUGAUGAGAUGCGCAAUCUCAAUGUUCCUGCACUGCAAACAGAUGGCCUAAUUUUUCUCUGGGUCACAGGACGUGCAAUGGAGCUUGGACGUGAAUGUUUGGAACUCUGGGGAUAUAAGCGCGUUGAGGAAAUCAUUUGGGUGAAGACAAAUCAACUUCAGCGGAUAAUCAGAACAGGACGAACAGGGCACUGGCUCAACCAUAGUAAGGAGCACUGUCUUGUCGGAAUUAAGGGGAAUCCCGAAGUUAAUAGAAACAUAGAUACUGAUGUCAUUGUUGCCGAGGUUCGAGAGACUAGCCGUAAACCAGAUGAGAUGUACCCUUUGCUCGAGAGAAUAAGUCCAAGGACAAGAAAGUUGGAGUUAUUUGCUCGUAUGCACAACACUCACGCUGGAUGGAUAUCCCUUGGGAAUCAGCUGAAUGGAGUGAGGUUAGUGGAUGAGGGACUCCGAGCACGUUUCAAGGCAGCUUAUCCUGAUGUGGAGGUGCAGCCUCCAUCUCCUCCUAGGGCUUCAGCAAUGGAAAUUGACCCAAGGUCUACUCAAAUGAGGAGCCCAUAUGCGGGGCCUGAAGCGAAGUCCACGUCUGCGCAGAUUCCCGAGCCUGCAGUAUCAGGAGGUGCAUAUGCCUCUGCAGAGAAGCCAGGGGCUGCAGAUAUUGAUAUUGUCGGGUGAAGAACAACGUAACAUUUUUUUUUUAAAGAUAAGCUGCUGACUGUUUCGAUAUGGAAGUUCUCUUGACAGCCUCCUGGACUUUUCACAUGCGCCAAGUCUCUGCUUUCCUCCCCAGCCAUCGAGUUCGAGGAUAGUACCAUCCGUUCCAUUUUUUUCAUUUUAUUUCAGCCAGUGUAUUUGAUUUUUCAUGCCGAUGAUGGUUUGGCGGUGUAUUUAUCUUCAUGCCGUUUGCACAUAGGAGAAAUUUCCCACAUUUUUCCACGGCAAAAAGGGAAAGAAUUUUGUAAUCUGAGGUCUUAGAGGUAAACAUUAUGGAGUUGUCGAAGUCAGGUGUCUGUUUUUUCGAGUUCCA